GAACCGUGGACGUGACUACCGGUAUGACCGGUAUUAGGUAUAACGGCGAAAGUAGGUUCAUGUAAUUUAAUGCCGUAGUUGAAAUGGUAGUGUAUCUGUGAAAUUCUCCUAAUGCUUUCAGUUUUCAAAAAGUUACAGAGUACACCAGCAUUUUUAAAUUUAAAAUAUCGGAAGACAUCGUUUAAAUUUAUUAAUAAUGGAGAACAUGAUCGUAGUGCAAGAUGUGUACCGCCGAGCAAGACUAAGAAAGAAUCUGUUUCUUUGGCCCGACAGCUACAAGCAAAGAUUAAAGCUAUGGGGCCUAUCACAGUAGCUGAAUAUAUGAAAGAAGUUCUAACAAAUCCCGUAUCGGGGUAUUACAUGCAUCGAGAUGUAAUCGGAGAAACUGGAGACUUCAUAACUUCACCAGAAUUGGGACAACUUUUUGGAGAAAUGGUUGCAGUAUGGUGUUUCAAUGAAUGGCAGAAAAUGGGGUCACCGAUACCACUUCAGCUGGUGGAAAUGGGUCCAGGGCGUGGCUCAUUGGCAGAAGAUGUUCUUAGGGUAUUUGAACGGUUUGGGGCUGGGAAUGAAGUAAGUCUGCAUUUGGUGGAGGUGAGCCCUCGUCUUAGUCAAAUACAAGCCCAGAAACUAUGUGUAAAGACAGUAAGACCAUCAAAAUCAUCACAUACAUAUUACCAACUGGGCACCACUGCCACAAAUAUCCCUGUCUUCUGGUACAACAGUAUCCAGGAUGUUCCUAGACAGUUUUCCUGUUAUCUUGCACAUGAGUUCUUUGAUGCACUGCCUAUCCAUAAAUUUCAGAGAACAGAGGCUGGCUGGAGAGAAGUUCUAAUAGAUAUUGAUCCAGCAGCUGGCAGUGAAAAAUUCAGAUAUGUUUUAUCACGAACCUCUACUCCAGCAUCUAAAACCCUUAUUAAGGCUGAUGAGAAAAGAGACCAUGUGGAGGUGUGUGCUGAGAGUGGAGUCAUACUGGAGCAUCUUGCUACAAGGUUGGAAGAAGAUGGAGGUUUUGCAUUAUUUGCUGAUUAUGGACAUGAUGGAAGCAAGACUGAUACUUUCCGAGGAUUUCGUAAUCAUGAACUACAUGAUGCCUUGGUGGACCCAGGAUCUGCAGAUCUUACAGCUGAUGUAGAUUUUUCAUAUAUCCGAGCAUGUACAGAGGAUAAACUCUUAACAUUUGGUCCUGUGACACAGAGACACUUUCUAAAACAAAUGGGGAUUGACAUGCGCCUUCAGAUUUUACUACAAAACUGUGGUGAGAAACAGAAAGAAAAUCUUCUGUUGGGCUAUCAUAUGAUGGUGGAUGAAGACAAAAUGGGAGAACGGUUUAAAUUAUUUUCACUUUUCCCGUCUGUCCUGAAGGACCAUCUUGAACGAUUUCCAGUCAGUGGUUUUGCAGACUCUUAAAAAGUGGUUUAUGAGUGCAGCUGACUUGUUCCAUCUCAGAAGAACUGAAUUUGAGGACAGCAGCAAUUGCAUUUAGCAUGUGUCUUUUGGAA